AUGGAUCUCUGCACAUUCCCAUGUCCUGCUUUUAUUACACCUUCUCAUCCUAAAACAACACUUUCUUACUCUCCUCAUCAUUUUCUCUCUCCCUCCCAAAACAAACUCAACCAGCUGCAAAAAAAGCAUGCUGGAACUCGAGUUUACGCUUCGCUUUCAGAAACGGGUGAGUACUAUUCAAAGAGACCCCCAACUCCAUUACUCGACACCAUUAACUAUCCAAUUCAUAUGAAAAAUCUCUCAACCAAGGAACUGAAACAACUUGCGGAUGAGCUUCGUUCUGAUGUUAUUUUCAGUGUUUCAAGAACUGGAGGUCAUUUAGGUUCGAGUUUAGGUGUUGUUGAACUCACUAUUGCUCUUCACUAUGUCUUCAAUACUCCUCAGGACAAGAUUCUGUGGGAUGUUGGUCAUCAGUCAUACCCUCAUAAAAUACUCACUGGUAGAAGGGAUAAGAUGCAUACUAUUAGGCAGACUAAUGGAUUGGCUGGAUUUACAAAACGAUCUGAAAGUGAAUAUGAUUCUUUUGGCACUGGUCAUAGUUCAACUACUAUUUCGGCUGGACUUGGAAUGGCUGUUGGGAGAGAUCUGAAGGGAAGAAAGAAUGAUGUAGUUGCGGUUAUUGGUGACGGUGCUAUGACAGCCGGUCAAGCUUAUGAAGCUAUGAACAAUGCUGGAUAUCUUGAUUCUGACAUGAUUGUUAUUUUAAAUGACAACAAACAAGUUUCUUUACCAACUGCUACUCUUGAUGGACCUGCAGCACCUGUAGGAGCUUUGAGUAGUGCACUUAGUCGGUUACAAUCAAACAAACCUCUUAGAGAAUUGAGAGAGGUUGCCAAGGGAGUAACAAAACGAAUUGGAGGCCCUAUGCAUGAAUUGGCCGCGAAAGUUGACGAGUAUGCUCGUGGCCGUGGAUAUCCAUACGCAGAGAAAGCCGAUGACAAGUACCACGGAGUUGCCAAGUUUGAUCCACCAACUGGAAAGCAAUUUAAAGCCAAGGCGGCUACGCAGUCUUACACAACAUACUUUGCAGAGGCUUUGAUUGCAGAAGCCAAAGCCGACAAAGACAUUAUCGCAAUCCACGCUGCGAUGGGAGGUGGAACUGGCAUGAAUCUCUUCCAUCGCCGUUUCCCUACAAGAUGCUUUGAUGUUGGGAUCGCAGAACAGCAUGCUGUUACAUUUGCUGCAGGUUUAGCUUGUGAAGGCCUUAAGCCUUUCUGUGCAAUUUACUCAUCAUUCUUGCAAAGGGCUUAUGAUCAGGUGGUACAUGAUGUGGAUUUACAGAAGCUACCUGUAAGAUUUGCAAUGGACAGAGCUGGAUUAGUUGGUUCAGACGGUCCUACGCAUAGUGGUACUUUCGACGUCACUUUUAUGGCAUGCCUCCCCAACAUGGUGGUGAUGGCUCCUUCUGAUGAAGCAGAGCUUUGCCACAUGGUUGCCACUGCAGCAGCCAUUGACGAUCGUCCCAGUUGUUUCCGAUACCCGAGAGGAAAUGGCAUUGGUGUUGAACUCCCAACUGAGUACAAAGGCAUUCCUCUUGAGAUUGGGAAAGGUAGGAUACUAAUUGAAGGUGAAAGAGUAGCCCUCUUGGGCUAUGGAACAGCCGUUCAGAACUGUUUAGCCGCAGCUUCCUUAGUAGAACGUCAUGGCCUGCGCUUAACUGUUGCCGAUGCCCGUUUCUGCAAGCCAUUGGAUCGAUCCUUGAUUCGUAGCCUGGCAAAAUCACACGAGGUUUUGAUCACAGUAGAAGAAGGAUCAAUUGGAGGAUUUGGUUCUCAUGUUGCUCAAUUCAUGGCACUUGAUGGUCUUCUAGAUGGAAAAUUAAAGUGGAGGCCGGUGGUUCUUCCCGACCGUUACAUCGACCACGGAGCCCCUAAUGACCAAUUGUGUAUGGCUGGUCUUACACCCUCUCACAUAGCAGCAACAGUGUUCAACAUACUUGGACAGACAAGAGAGGCACUAGAGGUCAUGUCAUAA